AAAAAAAAACUUCUCUUACGUAAGACAUGGGAGAUCAAGGAUCAGGAGAAGAGUGGAGAAAGAUGGCAGACACCCACAAAAUGAGUCCGGAAGAAGUCAAAAAACUAGGGGUGGAGUCAUCCAAGAGACCCCCUGGCCACAACCCUGGUGGCGUCCUACACCAACGCCGUAGUUUGCCGUUCAACGCCACCACCAUGACCGUUGUCGGCUUCCUUAUGGCUGCCGGCAUCGGUUACGCGGUUUUGUACACCAAGAAAAAGCCGGAGGCCACCGCACUUGAUGUUGCCAAAGUUGCUACAGGAGUCGCGGACGCGUCUAACACGCAUCCGCGAGGCGGUGGUGGAACUACGCCACCGGAAGAUACUAGUCCGCGGAAGUAAUUUUGUUGCAUGUUAUUCUCAUGACUCAUGUUUUGUAUUGUUUCUCUUAUCUUAACUGUUUUUUUGAAAUA